AUGCUGCAGAUCACGGGACCCAUGGACGAGUUACGGCUCAGUAAUGUCGAAUGCACAGGCGAGAGCAGACCAUCCAUGAGAAUAAGGCUGCAAGUGUCACCGCUGACGUCAGACAGCGAAGCUGGGACGGUGACUAUAACAGAAGCAUUCACCGUGCCGACGUUGAACAUCCGUCCGUCCACGGUGGACUGGAGCAAACGUGCUACCUGGAAACAUCUGGCUGAUAUACAAGUGCCAAAUACAAACCAGAAAAAGGUAGAACUGCUGCUCGGCGCCAAUGUGCUAGAGGCUCUGGUACAAAAGGAAGUGAGGGUCGGGAAGCCAGGUCAGCCGGUAGCAGUCAGGACCCAUUUCGGCUGGUGUUUGGCAGGCAACAUCAGCAGUGUUCUGCCUGUGGCUGCAAGGGAAGUGAUGCACAUAGUCAGACAUCGUUCUGAGGAGGAAGAGCUGACUGAACAGAUUCAAGAAUGGUGGAGCACAGAGGCUUUCGGCACCGCCUACAAGCGGGAACAGCCGCACUCGUGGGAAGAUCGCCAGGCUGAAAACCAAAUGAAGCAGACCACACAGUGGCGUGGAGACCGAUAUGAAACGGGCCUGCUAUGGCGUUCGGAAGGAACUAAACUUCCCGACAACUACAACAUGGCGUCACGGCGGCUAGAGACCACCGAAAGACUGCUGAAAAGGGCACCAGAUAAAGCGAAGUCCUACCAAGAGACGAUAGCUGAGUACGUCGCAAAUGGAUAUGCUCGGAAGAUCAGUGAAACUGGAACCCAGCCGGAAGGAGGUCAGAUCUGGUACUUGCCACACCACGCAGUGACGAAUCAAACUAAGCCCGGGAAGUUCCGGGUAGUGUUCGACGCGGCGGCAAAAUGCUCCGGUGUGUCUCUGAAUGAAUGUCUCCUGACGGGCCCCGACCUGCUCAGAACCGUGCCUGGUGUGCUGAUGCGCUUCCGUCAGCAGGCUGUCGCCGUAACCGCGGACAUAGAGAAGAUGUUCCUCCAGAUCGGCGUCAUAGAGCGAGAUCAGUCAGUGCUGAGAUUCCUGUGGAGGGAUCUAGACUCCAGUCGGCCGCCUGAUGUUUAUCAGAUGGACCGAGUCGUCUUCGGCGCACGAUCAUCGCCAGCUAUGGCUAGCUAUGUAUUGAAUCGCACGGCCGAAGAUAAAGUCUCCAACACCCCAGUCGGAAUGGUCGCAGCCAAAACCGUCAAAGAGAACUUCUACAUGGAUGACCUGGCAAUGUCUGAAACGAGUGUCACAACGGCACUGGAUACCGCCAAGGAAGUUCAAGCACUCGUCGCCAGGGGAGGAUUUCGCCUCCGAAAGUUUCUCAGCAACAGUGCGCAGGUGCUGCAGGCUUUCCCAGCCGAAGAACGGAUGUCAGGUGCAAUUGACCUUAAUUCAGCUCUGCCGGUGGAGAAGGUCCUUGGAGUAGCGUGGGACGCACAGCUAGACGAACUGUUCAUCAGCACCCCGGCUAUUAUUUCAAAGAAGCCGACCAAGCGCGAAGUGCUUCGUGUCGUCGCAUCGAUUUUCGACCCACUUGGACUGGUGUCGCCGUUCACUCUUAUCGCCAAACUGCUACUACAAGAACUGUGGGCGCACCACCAAGACUGGGACGCUGAAAUUCCUGAAGACAGUCUCAGGAAGUGGACGGCAUGGCUGGCCGACCUGCCGCGACUUGAAGACGUCAAAGUGCACCGCUGGUACGGAGCAAAGGAAAAUGCAGUCAUCAGACAGCUCCAUGUCUUUUGUGACGCUUCGGCCAGCGCUUUCGGUGCCGUGGCAUACAUGCGACUGGUUUAUCCAGAUGGUCAGAUUCACUGCGCCUUGAUCAUGAGCAGAUGCAGAGUGGCGCCCCUGAAGAAGCUAACGAUAGUGCGGUUGGAAACACAGGCAGCUGUACUGGCUGUACGUCUAGCUGCCAGUAUUGAGGCAGAGCUGACCCUAGAUGUGCAAGAGACCAUCUACUGGAGUGACAGUCAAGUCGUCCUGAGCUACAUCGGUAAUGAUAGCAAGAGGUUUCACACGUUCAUAGCCAAUCGUGUGGCUGAGAUUCGAGACGCCUCCGAACCUUAUCAGUGGCGACAUGUACCCGGGGAACGCAACCCGGCGGACGACUGUUCACGUGGGGUGAUGGCUGCCGAUCUAACAAAGGAAAGCCGCUGGAUCACAGGGCCAGACUUUCUCUGGAAGCCGGAGGAGCAAUGGCCUGGCGACUGUGAGCGCUAUCCAUUGGACAGUAGCGACCCUGAGGCGAAAAUCGUCCUGGCCUCUAGCGGUGUCAUGGAAACACCACCAAGAAUGCUGCCGGACGCUGUGAGAUUUUCCAGCUGGAGCCGACUCCAGCGGACUACUGGAUGGAUUCUUCGGUUCUUGAACAACUAUACUGCUUCUCAUGCUCCAAACAGCGAGCUGAGUAAGCUAAGCGGACCGCUGUCCACGGAGGAGCUGCAACGCGCAGAAGCAACCGUCAUUAAACAAGCGCAACAGUGCGGAUUUGGUCAAGAAGUGGAGGCGCUAAAAGCAGGGAAAGCUGUGCCAUCUGCCAGCCGUCUACAGCCGCUGACCCCUCAGCUGGACAAGAAUGGCGUAAUUCGUGUUGGUGGACGGCUGAGCAACGCACCGGUACCUGAGAGGGCGCGGCACCCGAUCAUCCUGCCACGAGACAACCGAGUGACAACGCUGAUCAUUCAAGCUGCACAUCAACGUUUACUGCAUGCUGGUGCAGAUCAAGUACUGAAUGAGCUGCAGCAAGAGUUUUGGAUUCCUCGUGGACAAGCGCUGGUCAGGAAGGUGGUGCACGACUGUACCGUCUGUCGUCGCCGAAGAGCGUCACCGUGCCAACCGCAAAUGGCAGAUCUACCGGCGGCACGAUUCGACAUGCGUCACCCGUUCAGCUCAGUCGGGAUCGACUAUUUUGGACCGCUGCUGGUCAAAACCGGAAGAGGAAAAAAGGAGAAGCGAUACUGUCUUCUCGUCACCUGCAUGGCCUCGCGUGCAGUUCACAUGGAGGUCUCUCAGUCACUGACGACGGACAGUUUCCUGCUGGCGUUCCACAGAUUCACGGCGAGGAGGGGCCGGCCGGCAGAAGUGCUCUCCGACAACGGAACCAAUCUACGAGCCGGAGAAAGGGAGCUGCGCAGGCUCUUACUGGCAUGGAACCAGAAUGCAAUCGCUGAUCGGCUGGCUCAAGACAUGGUAAAGUGGCAUUUCAAUCCCCCCGCCAGCAGCGACAUGGGUGGCGUCUGGGAGGCGAUGAUUGCCACCGUAAAGCGAGCACUGAGCGUAGUGCUUGGCAAGCUCUUAGUCACAGACGAAGUCCUGCGAACUGUCAUCACUGAAGUAGAGGCGGUAGUGAACAGCCGUCCUCUGACAUACGUCUCCACGGAGGUAGGCAGCUUGGAGGCGCUUACGCCAAAUCAUCUCCUUCUGGGAAGACCACUGAUGCAGCUUCCACCUGAUGUGACUGUGGACAACCCCUCUCACCAUCGGAUCUGGCGCCAGAGUCAGGCGCCCUCAGCCCAGUUCUGGAAGAGGUGGCUCCGUGAAUACGUUCCAAAUCUGGUCUACCGUAGAAAGUGGACGAGAGAAGACAGGAACCUGACGCCAGGAGACCUGAUUCUUCUGGCAGAAGAUGGCGUGCCUCGCGGACACUGGCCGCUUGGACGCGUGAUUGAAGUGUUUCCUGGACGGGAUGGUCGCGUCAGGUCAGCGCGGGUCCGUGUCAGGGGUGGAAUCGUGCACCGUCCUGCCCGCAAGCUUUGCCUUCUAGAGGGGGCUAGCACCGAGUGA